AUGUCCUCCUCUACCGCCAUCACCGACCGCAUCGCCCUGCUCCAAUCGCAGAUCAAGGAGCUCAAGGUCCAGAAGCAGGAUGCUACGCCUCUGAUCGACGAGAUGAAGUCUCUCAAGCUCCAGGUGGCCGAGCAGAAGAAGGCGGACGCUGCUGCCGGCCUCGCCGCCCCUUCUGCGGGCGGGGAGGGAGGCUUCCAGCUCAAAGUGCCCAAGGGGACAAAAGACCAUGACCCCGCUGCGACGCUCAUGCGCAAGAAGAUCUUCAAUACGCUCGAAGGGAUCUUUGUCAAGUAUGGCGGCGCGACGAUUGAUACGCCCGUAUUUGAGCUCCGGGAGAUUUUGGCGGGGAAGUAUGGGGAGGAUAGUAAAUUGAUUUAUGAUCUGCAGGAUCAGGGUGGGGAGCUUUGUUCGUUGCGAUAUGACUUGACGGUUCCAUUCGCGAGGUACCUGGCGAUGAACGGUGUAGUCUCAAUGAAGCGAUUCCACAUCGGAAAAGUCUACAGGCGAGACCAGCCCGUCAUGUCGAAAGGACGCAUGAGGGAGUUCUACCAAUGCGACUUUGACAUCGCAGGGACAUACGACUCCAUGGUCCCCGACGCCGAAGUCCUCUCGCUCGUCGUCGAGGCCCUGACAGCUCUGGACGUCGGCGAGUUCACCGUCAAGCUCAACCACCGUAAAAUCCUCGAUGGGAUCUUUGAGCACGCGGGGGUUCCGGCCGACAAGACUCGGGCGAUCUCGUCUGCGGUCGAUAAGCUGGACAAGGUAUCCUGGGAAGAGGUCAAGCGGGAGAUGGUUUCCGAAAAGGGACUGAGCGAGGUCGUUGCCGAUAAGAUCGGGCAGUAUGUCGGGUGGAAAGGACCCGGACGAGAGGUGCUCGCCAAGCUCGAAGCGGACGAUGGGCUGAUGAGUGUCAAGUCGGCCAAGGCAGGGCUGGAGGAUAUGAAGUUGCUGUUUGACUAUUUGGAGGUGUAUGGUGCGCUGGACAAGAUGAGCUUCGACAUGUCCCUCGCGCGCGGUCUCGACUAUUAUACCGGGAUCAUCUACGAAGCCAUCACUGAGGCUUCUGCGCCUCCGUCCAAAUCCCCCGUCCCGUCCGUCCCACCCCCUACCACUGCCACCUCUUCCUCCAAAUCCAAGUCCUCGUCCACUUCUCCGCCAGCUGGCUCCGGUGCCGUGCCGGCAGACGGCGAACCGGACGAGACCUCCGUCGGCGUCGGCUCUAUAGCCGCCGGGGGACGCUACGACAACCUGGUCGGUAUGUUCUCCGCCUCAGCGGGGCGCAAGGCCGAUCCCGUCCCCUGCGUCGGGAUCUCAUUUGGCGUCGAGCGGAUAUACAGUAUUAUGGAGAUGAAGCGGCGAGCAAGGGAGGCCAAGGAGGGGACGGCCGGCAAAAAGAGCGGGAAAGAGACGGAGGUGUAUGUGUUGGCGUUGGGCGGGGGGCUUGUUAAGGAGCGUAUGGGGUUCACAAAGAUGUUGAGGGAUAAUGGGAUCAAGGCCGAGUUCAUGUACAAAACCAAGCCCAAGCCGCCCGCACAGUGGAAAGCAGCCGACGAUGAUCAGAUCCCAUUCGUCGCUAUCCUGGCGCCGGCGGAGCUCGAGAAGGGGACGGUGAGGAUUAAGAAGCAGGUGGGGAAAGAGGCGGUGGAGGGUGGGGCGGUCGCGGAUGAGAGGGGGGAGGAGGUUAAUGUGAGCGAGGUGGUGGCGUAUUUGAGGAGGAAGAUGGCUGAGUAG